GUUGUUUUCGGCAGUAUGUGCAAUUGAUUAGUUUUGUCAAGUAAUUAACUUGUAAUUUCUUUCUCUUUCGUUUUUUUUUCUUUUAAUUUGACAGGAUUUCUAUUGUUUCCAAUACGUCUUCUCUUUGAAAAAUCAUUACAGAUACUUACACAUGUUGGUAGAACUCCAAGUAUCAGAUCGACCCUCUGAAACAGAUAUAACCGAAGAUAUUGACACUAAUACCAUCAUGGAUUUAGAAAAACAAGUAGCAGAUCAUUUGUUUGAAAUACAAAUAGAUGAAGAUAUUGAUGCAAAUGGUUAUUUGGAAGCAACAUCUGAAUCCGAGAAAAUAAAUGAUGAUGGUGUGAAUCUUGGAUGUGAUGAAGGUGAAAAUAAUGAUACAUGUAUUACUGGAAAGGUUUUCGAUACACCCAACGAUGCAUAUAGAUUUUACAAUGAUUAUUCAUUUUUACAUGGUUUUGUUACACGAAAACAUUGGAAAUUUAAGAACAAGUCAACAAAGGAGCAUUAUCGGAGGAUAUAUGUAUGCAACAAAGAAGGUUUCAAACAAUUGAAAGGUAAUAAUUCAAGUGGAAAGACAAUAAAACGUCGUAGAGAGGUAAGAACUGGAUGCAAAGCAAUGAUUCGCAUUUCAAAACAAAAGGAUGGGAAAUGGAUUGUUGACAAGUUUAAUUUAAUUACAUUUUCACCCACUAAAUCGAUUGAUUGCCUCAGAUUGUUAGUCUUAAGUGUUUGAUCUUUGUCAACUAGUCAUGUGUCGAACAUCUAGGAUUCUUGUAGCUGGCAAUUUGUGUUAUAAUCCAUAUUGAUUCUCGUACUAGGAAAUCAGUUGUUUGACUUGUAUAUUUAAACCGGAUAUUAA